GUGUGGUUAGUAGGAGGAGGGGAGAACCGGGGACUUGCAGCUUGGGUCAGGCACGAUGACUGGAGUGUUUGCGCUGCAGCUGCUUAGGCGCUUCACUGGCCCAAGGCUUCUCUAUGUGAGGCGGGCGCUGCUGGAGAGCAGACUCGGCGGCGUCUGUGUGCAGAAAGGUUGCUGUUCGUCUAAAGUCAAUGGUAGUGAAGUUCUUAAAGCAAAGUUGGCUGAUGAUGCAAGAAAGAAAUACGGAAACCAACCACCUACACUAUUCACAAAAAUUAUUGAUAAAUCACUUCCAGCCGACAUUCUAUAUGAAGACGAUCAGUGCCUUUCUUUCAGAGAUGUGAAUCCUCAGGGUCCAGUUCAUUUCCUUGUGAUACCCAAAAUCGCUAUACCACGGAUCAGUGAUGCAACAGAUGAUGACAAAGAGCUGCUGGGACAUUUACUGCUGGUGGCUAAAAACCUUGCGAUAAAAGAAGGGCUUGAAGAUGGGUACAGAUUGGUGAUUAACGAUGGGAAGAAUGGAGCACAGUCUGUAUACCACCUUCACAUCCAUGUGAUUGGAGGACGCCAGAUGAGCUGGCCACCUGGUUAGAUGGAUAUGACACAAACUGGUUUCCUUUCACUCAGUUCUGAAUUUGUGGUUUCAUUUUCUAUUAAACCAUUUACUUUGAAACACUGCCUUGGAAGUAAAUAACCAACUUUUGUCCAACUGCAGAAAAUGUACCCUAGAAUUCUAGUUUAUAAAAUUGGAAAUCUAAGAUUGUAAUUCCCUAGUAUGAGUCUCAUCGCUUUAGUUAGUACAGGCUGUAUUUUUACGCUGAGGGCUGUCUUCCUGCACCCAAGCGUGAAUGUCGGUGGGAGUGGUGGGGUGGGGUCGGUGGGGGGUGCGAGCCCGCCUCUGCUUAGCCAGCUCGCCCUGCUUUAACUUUUCAGAUGAUGGCCCUUUAAUUAGUUUGAGAUGGGACUUCCAUCUGUCUCCAGGAGGGCGUCCUGCCUCAUAGAGCUGCCAGCCAAUCAGAGGCAGCGCCAGCAGGAGCAGUGGCCGCUGCUAGUGCUGCAGAUGGGUUAAGGAGUUGGUGUUCUGCGAUGGAUUUGGACAUUCGGGCGUGUCCAGGGUCUCACUGGGGCCAAGCUGAUAGGUCUGGGUGACGUGGGGUGGGGAGCAUGUUGGACUGGCACAGGAUGGGAUGUGGGUAGACGUGGGGAGACAAAACAGUGGGGAGGGUAAUAUAUGCUGGCCUAGCCAGUGAUGCCCACAUCCCAUAAAUGAGUUUAAAAGAAGUGCUACAAGUUUAUAAGGUUGUUAUGUUGUGGGGCUGUCUGCUUAAUUUAAGGUAAAAGGAGGAAUGAAGGGGGUCAUGUGACCUGCUUUGAAUUCUGCCCAACAACAAGCCUGGGUGGCUUGGUUACUAUGAGGACAAGAGGGGCCCAGAUUAAGAGACUUGUUGAAAAGGUGCAAGAUGUUCACAUCUGUGGACAAUAGCAAGAGCAGUUGUGCAGACUGUGGGUAUAUUGUUAGGUCUGAAUUUUCACUCCUGGGUCGGGAGCACAGACCUCGAACCAUUUUUGGCUUCAAGUGGGAACCAGUCCCACUUCAAAGAGUUUAUAACCACUUGGAGUUAUCAAUCAAACUGUGAAUUCACAUGCACUGCAAAGCAUACCCAGUAAAAAUUGUCCUGAAAAGUUGGAUUUUUGAUGUGGGGGUGGGGCUUGGUGAGCAGGGUGUUUGAGUGAAAAUAGGUGCUGUGGUGAAAAAGUGAAGUGCCGAGUCCUGAUGAGCCCUGAAAGAGUGGCUGCCGGGCGUAAAGGUGGACUGGCCAAAAGGCUGGCCUCGGAGCACCGACACUUGUAAUAGCUAUGAAAGAAAACAAUUAAACCAAAGAUCAGGCCUCCAGCCCUCACCCCUCACACAACCUCACCACUGCCCCACAUACUCCCCAUGCCCUUUCCAUGCCAACUCAUGCUGCCUCAUGACCCCCAACAUCCAGGGUGCUCAUACCCUCCAUGCCAACCUAAGCCUCACUACUCAUCCUCCAUGGCCCCUGAUGUCCUCCAUGCCAACCUGUGCCCUGAUACGCCCUCCAUGAGCCCUCAUACCCUCCAUGCCAACCUAUGCCCCUUUAAUAGGGGUGCUAGCAAGGGGCACCCAUUCUUUCAGGUUAUCUCCAGGCAUGGUGACGUCUUUCCCCCUGGCAGCAGUGCUACUGGUCUGAUGUCCAAUAUUCUUGGACUUUGGCAGUGGCCAUCCUACCUUUAAGUUGCUGCAUUUGUGCGACUGCACAAAAACAAUUAAACAGCCAGGCACUGCAAAAAAAAAAGUUAGGGUUCAUUACCGAGGACCAAACUGAACAGGCAUAAGAUAAGUAUAGGGGAUAGGGCUGGGACAGAAGAGGCCAGAGGAUUUCUUCCUUUUCCUCUGAACAAUCAAAAAUGCUACAUAACUUGGUUUCCUCUAGCCACUCUGCUGCAGACCAACAGUUUCUCUGGUGACUUUGGUACUUGGCAGGCCUCCCCUAAAUCUUAGUACCAGUGGUAUCAUUGGGUCAUGAUGUUAUUGGUUAAAUUAGACCUCACUUUCCUUCAGCGGGAGCUGCGGUUGACUUCAAAGUCGGUGAAGAUGAGAUGUUGGGUGUGAAUGGUACAGCCUCAGGCUGUUAAGUGAUCUUAAUCCCUCCCAAGCACCUUUCUCAAUGAAAAUGGGGAUUAAAUUCAAUCCCUUAAAUGCUAUUGCAUUUCCCGAGCUUGGAUUGUUUACCUACGGGCUUUCUUGAUGACUCUUCCUCAACCCAGAGAAUAAUUAACCAAAGUUUCCAGGCCUUGUUCGUAAAAUGUUAUUAUGAGGAGAUUGUUUUUUUUAUAUAUAGACAAUAUAAUCUCAUUUCCAUUGCUAAAACAAGUAAAUGUGCAGGCUGAUUUUACUCACUGAAUUGAUCUCUGCUGUUGAAAUAAAAUUGAGUUGCACAUA